CCUGGCCCAGCUGAGCUCGUUGCCAAUUCUGCUGCUCGUCGCUGCCUUACAUGGGCACUCAUCGGUAGGUCCGGUCUUGCGGGCAUGGGUCUGACGUUGACCACUCCGAGCACUACUGUCUUCUUGGGACUCGGAAUUUCUUCCUGCAUCGAGGUACACUCUUAUUUUCUGAAAGAGCAUGCUCAAGCUACCGCUGUCAUCUUAGCAGAGGUCAACCGUCAAAUACCUUAUCGGUUCAAAAAGGAGUUAACAGUAUCGACUGUCCCAGUAUAAUUCAUUCCCUAGGCGUGGCUCUGGCUGAAAUUGAUACGAUCUUUUUCCGCAAGAUACAUACCUUCUAUGUCUAUCUUCCAGUACCUACGAAAUUCCGUGUGGGGAACUCUCUGGAACCCUGCUUGUGCUUUUCUAAUCAAUGCCUCGGAAGUGCGUUGAUCAACCAUAUGAAUCCUAUGAGCGUAGAUGAGCGUCUAACCCGAUGUUCUUUUGCAGGUGAACACUAAACGGAUAGACCA